CAGUCAUGGAUGCUGGCGUUGAUUGAGCUUUGGAAGAAAUCGGAGGCUAUGGACUGUGCAUCAUUGCAACACGACAUAGUCAGAACAGUUGUAAUUGGUCUCCUCGUGAAGCAGAUACGAGGCCAUUAUCAAUGUUAUCGUCUCAAGAUUGCAGUACGACAUAUUCUUGGACAUUUUAGGCAAGCCAUGUGCCGCCAACUGUGCAACAUGCAACAUAUAGAACUUUUUGCUCUGCGUUCUCCUCGUAAUAACGUUGAUAUAAUGAACAACGAUUAUAUUGGACUUUAUAACGCCGUCGGUCAAUUAGAGGGUUUCAAUUCUAAUCAAAUGGCUAUUAACACGCAAGCCCAACCUUAUGCCCGUGAUCAUGUUACCCAUUUUCUUCCCCGUGAUAAUAUGACGUCUACGAAUGCUGAUUCUCCAGGCCAAAUGCCCAUUAAUCUACACGCCCAACCUUAUGCUCAAGAUUUCCGUUCUCACUCUAUCUCAAUGAAUACUACGGACUGUGAAAGUAAUGAUUAUCGGAAUUCCUCGCCCUCGCUUGCUUAUACCCAGCCUAACUUGAUGAAUGGUAAUAUUGAUCGACAAGUUAGUGCGCAAAGUCGACAUUAUGCUCAAGAUUUCAUACCUUCUACGGAUUAUGAAAGUACUGGAUAUCAAAAUACCUAUAUGCAGCCCAGUAAUAUUAAUGGACAUUUGCAUCGUAAUUUUGAUCACCAAGAAAGUCAACCUUAUGUUCAAGAUUUCUUACCUUCUGCCUCUAUGAAUACUACGAACGAUGAAAACACUAGAUAUCGAAAUCCCUCGCUUUCUUAUAUCCAGCCGGGUAACCUUAACAUGACAAAUGGGCAUUUAAAUCCAGUGCAUCACAAUCCAGUCGAGACCCGCACAGAAGAUAUUUGUCCGAUUCCAAUAUCUUUUCACACACACUAUAAUCUUUCCGAUAUGAUAAACUACGGUCCGGCAACUGGUUAUUCUCAACGCUCAUCUAUUUCAUAUAUUCUUACGCAUGAGCCCGCAAGCCACGGAUUUCUUGUUACAAAAUUAGAGCAAACUCGAUCAGUAUUAGGUAGGGUAUCUGCUACUGAUAUUGAUAAAAUGUUAGCCGUAGUUCGUAUGUGA